AAAAUGACUGACGAAUCUAAAAAAAAGAAACAAAUCAUAAAGAAAAAAGAAACCAAAACUGAAACUGAUAAAAAAAUCCAAAGUAUGAGAACUAUGAAAAUGAAUCCUGAUGAAUAUGCAACUGAAAAAAUUGAUGUUAAACAAUUAUUUAAAUUUACAAAUGAAGAAAGAACAAAAAUCAUUAGUCAAUUAGUAGAAGCUGCACAAAAAUAUGCUGAAUAUCUUGCAAGAAAUAAAAUUUAUGAUCAUAUUCCUAAUGCGCGAAAAAAAAUUAAUGGAAUUAUAUGGGGAGAAAUUCUUGGUCAUUCCUAUGAAAAUGAAAAAGAAGUAAUUAAAAGUUGGAUGAAUUCUCCUG